AUGGACAACAAGUGUGUUAUAUAUGCACCAAAUAAUACAGAUGGUGUUGGUUGUUACCCUCCUAUUCUCUCACCAUCAUCUUUUUCCUCUCCCAUAGCCUCUUCAAUGGGAAUGGUUUUUGCAGACAUGGGCUCUCUCUCUAUCAAUCCCAACUACAGAGUAGCAUCUUCUUCACAGGAUAGCUGUUUCUUUGAGAACCCUGAGGUUGAAAAUGGAAGGGCUAGUAGGGUUUUUCCUUUUAUUAACAACUGCACCUCCAGAAGCUUGAAAAAUAGCCAUAAUGGUGAUGUGGGUGAAGGUAAGGCCUCUUGUUGCAGUGAUGAGUUUGGAGAAAACAAUGGAACCAUUGAUCUCAAUGUUGGGUUUAAUGAAGAGAAGCAUGACAUGCUUACAUUGAUCAGUGGUGAAGAAACAGAUAAUGGGGAUGGACCUCCAAAGCUGUGUGCUAGAGGCCAUUGGAGGCCUGCAGAAGAUUCAAAGCUUAAAGAACUUGUAGCUCUUCAUGGACCUCAGAACUGGAACCUUAUAGCAGAGAAGUUGGACGGAAGAUCAGGUAAGAGCUGUAGGUUGAGAUGGUUUAACCAGUUGGACCCAAGGAUCAACAGAAGAGCUUUCACUGAAGAAGAAGAGGAGAGACUAAUGGCUGCUCACAGACUCUAUGGUAACAAGUGGGCUAUGAUAGCCAGGCUUUUUCCUGGAAGAACAGAUAAUGCAGUGAAGAACCAUUGGCAUGUUAUAAUGGCUAGAAAGUAUAGAGAACAAUCCAGUGCUUACAGAAGGAGGAAGCUGGGUCUAUCUUCUUAUAAAAUAAUGGAGCCAGAUUCAAGUUUUGUCUCCUCAGAGACGGCCAUUAAAGCAGAUCCCACACCACCACCAUACUGUGUUCAUGUCAGUUUUUCAAAUGGAGCUCGAUGCAAUCUCUCUCCUUGCUCAUUAUCAACCCUUGAAGGUUCUGCUGGUAGUGUUGUGUAUGAAACAUUUGGUUCAUCUCAGAGGACUGGUAGUACAGAAAGAACUGAUGAUCUCUUCACUGGUCCAAAGAGCCAUGAGAUGAUGGGAAUCUUCAACCAGAACAGAUCUUGGGAUAGGCCAAGGGAUGAACCUAACAUCUCCUAUUUUUAUCCCCACCACCCUCCAUUCAUGACUGCUAUGCAACAGCCACACUACCAGUGCUAUCCUUCUAGCUUCUCAGACUCCACAGCCUCAACACCACAAGUCUCAGUCACUGAACCCACAUCAUCACUUUCAGAGGACAUCAUGGCAAGCCAGUGUGAGACCAUUGCACCACCAUUUAUAGACUUUCUUGGAGUCGGAGCCAUAUGA